AUGCUUUUCCUUAAGCUUCUGAGUCGAAGGUUUGGUAAUGGUUUGGCUUACAAUAAUCCGGGGUUUUUAAUGGGGAGAAGAGGUUUGUCAUUUGAUCCUCACUCCAUUAUACAAACUAUGACGCUGUCGCUUGAGGCAGUACAUGCAUCUACUGGUCUUCCAUGGUGGGCCCUCAUUCCUUUGACAACUUUUACUCUCAGGUCACUUUGGACAUUACCGUUGGCCGUUCUUCAACGGCGUCGGAUAACAAAGCAACUGAGGCUUCGACCCAUCGUUAGCGCGAUGUCCCCAAUCUUUAAGCAUAAUCUUGCCAAGCAGGUUAAUAAGGCAAAGGCCGAGGCAGCAACGGUGACGACUCAUACGAAUACCAAAUCAGAUACCACUUACAUGCCCAAACACCCUCUCGUGAAUAUCAAAUACGAGGAAAUGCUUGUACUUACUGCUAAGGAAGUGCGUAAGCGGCAAAAAAAGUUGUUCAAAGACAAUGGUGUUCCCAUAUGGAAAAACUUCAUAUUGCCAACGUUCCAAGUACCCCUUUGGAUAGCAAUGUCACUAACCAUGCGCGAUCUUUCUGGCUGGUCUACCUGGUUUUCCGCGGUCAAUAAGCCAUUGGAUCAAUCGUUAUAUUCCGAAGGGGCAUUAUGGUUUCAGGAUUUAGCAGUUCUGGACCCAUAUCAUGUGUUUCCCAUUCUUAUUGGAAUAACAGCUCUAGGGAACAUCGAAUGGCUUUUCAAAACAUUACAAUUAUCUCGUAACUCCCAACGACAAAAGAUGAGAAUUACCUUAGCUGAUGCAAUGGGUAAUAUUCUGAGGUUAGCGGUUGUAUUUCUCAUGGCCAUUUCAUACCAUGCACCGGUAGCGUUGUGUUUGUAUUGGUUAUCAUCGCAGGUGUACUCUUUGAUACAAAAUGUGAUACUCGACCUCGUAAUGCCUGUUACCUUCUUGAAGAAUAGACGCCUUUCUGGCAAAGACCAAAAGAAUCCCAAUGCGUUUAAUAUUGUUGUUGAGCGUAAUGAUUCCUUGUAA